GUGAGAUCAGUGACAGCCCUCAGAGCUAAAUAUCGUAGAUACCAUGGUCUCAGCAUAUUCCAUCCUUUUUACGCUAGUGCUGUUUUCUGAGCUGAACAGCCACUUGCUAACUGUAGCUUCACCGGCGACUAAAGUAGAAGAUGGCGAAAUAGAGCAAGAUGGCCUGAGUGCCCUACUGGGUGACGACCCCAUUAACGAACACGCCAUGGUCCCGCCUGCAUACAGAGGACGCCUCAUGCUGGACAACAGCAUCAGGGACGAAGACGGGAACCGCAAAAUCAUCAUCGUCUCGGACAUGAGGCAGAGGGGACGCGGUACUCGUGGGCUGAACUCGGUCCUCACCCGGAGCCUUCCCCUGCUCGCAGACCAAAAGUUGAGCCGCGCUCCGGCCGAGUACAGUUUCAAAAUAGAUCGCAGAGACACUGACUUCAACAUGCUGCGGUGUAUGAUAGGACGAGUGUACCGACCCUGCUGGGAAUCUUCCAACAUCCCCUGAAUGUUCAGUGGAGAGCUCUUCCUCGUGUGUUACACUGAAAUGCAUUUCUAUGUAGAAAAAAAAAAAGAGUGCACAAACAUGUAAAACUAAAUAAAACUUUAUUAAAAUUCACAAGUCUGCAGCAUAUUUACAUUUCAUUGGGAUAUUAUAGAUUAAUAGACUAUGGAAGUAGUGAUGAACCCACAUUUACUGACCAAAACCAUCUAUUCAAGUUGAAGCCACUUACAUUUCUACAUUUUCCUGAUAAAUUAAUCAAUAGAGUCAUUUAUCAAAACAGAAACUGCAAAUAUUUACCACUUCCUGCUUCUCAAAGUGAUAAAAAAAACAAAGCAAAUCACAACUCUAACUGUGAAUGUUAUAGUUUCGACCCUUUCCUGAUACUAGAUGGAAGUAAUAAAUAAAAAUAGUUGGACAUUUUGAUGACCACACUGUCAAAGUCAAGAGUUUAGAAGAGAUAAGAAAAAGGAAACAAUCAUAAUCAGUCUGAAAAAAAAAAAAAAA